UCUUCAUGUUUGUGUACAACUGUCAAAACUCAGCUGACGAAGAGUGCUCAGUAUGUUGUUUGUGUGGAAACACCGAAGCGGAUAAAGUGUGAGAAAUAUUCUAAUGAUACGAUGGAGGAUUUUCAAAACGAUUUAGAAAUUGACGAUACACUGAAUAUUUUAUUAAUAAAUCAUGUAAAGGAACGGCCAUCACUGUACUAUAAAGAUGCAUAUUCCGCUUUGGAUGAAGAAUUAUGGGACGAGAUACAGAAGAUUAUGGGCAUUCAAAAAUCAUGGUUGAAAAGGCGUUGGAAGACAAUUCGAAACGAACAUAAGAAAAUAAUCCUUUACAAUCAUUUUCAUAAUGACAAUAUUCCGUUGCACAAAUUGGCCAAGUAUCUUGAAUUUUUUGCGAUCAAUUUGAAUGAUGCACAGACUAUGAAUUUCGAUGAUUUGAAGCGACCAAGAAUUGAGUCGUUUUGUGUUACCCAAGAAAUGUUAGAUAGCUGUGAUAUCAAUGAAACCGUAACGGCUGAUUCAAUAUCAGUGCCGAAAUUAUUGUUCAUUCAAUCACCUACACCAUCACGCAUUUUAAAUACCGGCAUAAUCCCAGACGAGCCCAUUAAAAGUUAUAAGAUACCAAUGAAUACCUCCGAAAAUAAGACGCUGUUGAACACCGCGAAUAAGAAACCGAUAAACACUGAUAACAAAGACAUGUUGACGGUGAGCAAAAAGUUUGGUUCGAAUUUAGAUACAACAGAAAGGUGCGAAGAUAUCAUAUUCGGUGAACUCGUAGUUGCGACGCUGAAAAAAAUGACACCAGAAGAUAAGAAACGGGCCAAAAAAGAGAUUAUGAACAUUUUAUUUUAAAACACACAUUUCAUUCAUUUUUUUUUUGUAUACAAAUAAAUAUUCUGCAUGUUAAUAGA